AUGUUGAGCUUUAAGCAAACUUUUUCACUCAUUUUAAUUAGUCCAGCACUUAUAUUCAUGGGCUUAUAUUAUAGGGUUUUCCUGGUGGCUCAGAGGUUAAAGAGUCUGCCUGCAAUGCAGGAAACCUGGGUUCAACCCCUGGGUAGGGAAGAUCGCCUGGAGAAGAAAAUGGCAACCCACUCCAGUAUACUUUCCUGGAGAAACCCAUGGACGGAGAAGCCUGGUGGGCUACAGUCCAUGGGGUUGCAAAGGGUUGGACACGACUGGGUUGGCAGGGUUGGCAACUUCACUUUCACUUUCACUUUAUAUUCAUGGAGAAAGGGCAAGUGUUGA